AGUAAUUGACACCGAAAACCAUCAAUAUGAAUGGUCUAUGUUGCUGCACACCGUGCAAACCCAGAUAUCGGAGAUUAGUGGAUUCCAUAUAUCCAAGAGCUGUAACCGAUGGACUUCUUUACUCGAAUAUGCAAAAACUAACGUUUUAUGCAAUCUCCCAUCCUGAAAAAUUAGAGAGAAUUGGAGAAUACUUGGUGAUGAGGAUGGUUCGGGAUCUUAGUCGACAACGGCCGGUUCAAGUAAAGAUAGCAGUAGAAGCCAUGGAUCAACUGCUUCAAGCUUGUCACAGUUCACCCAGUCUUCCCCAAUUCAGUGAAAAUCACCUACGCAUGGUUCAGCGGUUAUUGGAAAGCAAUAAUGCAAAAAUGGAGCAACUAGCAACUGACUCAUUCGUCACAUUCUCUAACAUCGAAGAGAGUUCACCAUCCUAUCAUCGACAGUACGACUUUUUUAUCGAUAAAUUUUCACAAAUGUGCCAUGCAAAUCCGCAAGCGGCAUAUGGAGAUGAUUUCCGAUUAGCUCGAUGUGCUGGAUUACGAGGCCUCCGUGGUGUUGUUUGGAAAUCUGUCACUGAUGAUCUUCAUCCGAAUAUUUGGGAGCAACAACACAUGGAUAAAAUUGUGCCAUCAAUACUAUUCAAUCUUCAAGAACCGGAUGACUCUGGAAAAGGAUUUUCCUCAUCUCAAAUUCCGAAGUUUGAUAAUACGUUUGCUGAUUCGACCCAGUCACAUCGAGUGGACGAUGAAGCCACUCCAAAAGUUCUGUCAGAUCGAUGCUUAAGAGAACUGAUGGGCAAAGCCUCUUUUGGAUCCUUGCGAGCAGUUAUUGAACCAGUUUUGAAACACAUGGAUCUUCAUAAGCGGUGGACACCACCUCCAUCCUUUGCAAUUCAUGUCUUUCGGGCGAUUAUUUACAGUAUUCAAAGCCAGAAUAGCUACUUCGUAAUUCAAGAGCUGAUCAAUCAUUUGGAUAGUAUGUGCUCAGCAGAUGCAUCAACUCGAAUUGGUAUUGCUACUGUCCUGUCGAGUAUUGUAUCGAUUGCCGGAACGUCAAUUGGACCACUUUUGCUAUCAAUUUUCAAUUCUCUUCUCAAACAUCUCCGAACGUCUGUUGAUUUUGAAAGAAGCGGAAAAUGCAGUGACCAGCCUGCUGAGAAAAUGUAUCAGGAAGCGUUGAUCAAUGCUAUGGGAGAUUUUGCAAAUGCCCUUCCUGAUUAUCAAAAAGUCGAAAUGAUGAUGUUCACAGUCGGAAAUAUUCCAAAUCUGGAUGAGAGAAAGUCGAAACAAGGAGACGAGUUCCUUCAACAUGUUCUUGUCAAAACACUGCUUAAAGUAGCUACAAAAUAUCGAACUGCUUAUUUAGCAACUGUAUUUACCGAUUCAUUUCUUGAUACUCUCUUGCUUCUUGCCUUGGUUCGGGACCCUCAAGUUAGAUUAGCCACUCAACAGAUUUUCCAUACAUUGCUUGAUAGACAUGACAAUGCUGCCAAUUUGGUUCAUCUUGGUUACGAGCUCGAUGUGUCUGAUGUCCAGCUAACCGUCGAAAAGUGUUCUCGUGCUGAUCAGAUGUUCAUGAGAAAACACAUCGGGGAGAUUACCUACAUGCUUUUGCGUGCUGUAGCUUUAGCCGAUGAAAAUGAUUUGAAUAAGCAUAUUGAUGCCGUUUUGUGCACAAUGAGCUUACUAUGCAUCGAAUCUCUGAUCGAACUGUUCCGUCUCUCGUUGGCACUUCAACAACUUGCUCUCGAUUCAAAACAAAACUUCAGUGAUGCCAAGCGCAAUUGUAUUCACAACAUGGUUGCAAAGUACUUGAACUUGUCGGCCCAGCUCAUUGCAAACCCGUCGCUCUGCCAACAAGUACAGCACGUCGUAUCUUGCCGCGCGCAGCGUGGCAUUCCUGGACUGAACUUGUUACUUAAUGUGAAAGAUUCUCCAAACAAUGACGACCCACUCUCUUCUUCUGCAUUGAAUUCAACUUCACAAGGAGCUACAACGAUUACCGAAGAAGAUCAAACCUUGUUGUUCAACGCUGAAGAUAUUGCAGAGUCACUAAAAGCUUCUGGAAAAGAUGCGACACGACUAUUCGUUCCUUUUAAUUUUAAUAUGAAUGGACGAAAGAAUGAUGGCAGUGGUGAUCAAUGGCAAAAUGAUACACCAAACUUUGAUUCGACUGAUGGAAGAGAAUCACCGAGCGGCUAUAAAACAGUUGGAAUUGAUGAUGUUUCGGUUGAUAUGUCAGUUGACUGGACACCGCCUGUGAGCAGAAAACAAAGCCGUAGAAAUACUAUAUUUUCAAUUGUAAAUCCUCCGAAACUGAAUGCGUCAACUGUAGAUGAUCUCAAAGCUUAUGCAAAUGCCACGUUUGAUCCUAUCGAGGAAGGUCGGAAAGAGAAGGAGCUGACUGGAAGUAUUUUAUCCGAAAUUCGAAAUACCGAUUUUGAGGAACGCGUGAACACCAAUGAAUCUCUGAAUGAAAAAAGCGAUCUGAGCAAGUCAAUUGCACGUCUUCUUGUCAGAAAUGGGGAGAUGACAAGAGUCCGAGACAUUGGUAGACCAGCGAAACCGAAAAAUUUGUUUGAAAUUGAACUGCCUUCAUUUGCUUACUGAUUAUAAUUUAAAGAUUAAUUUAUUGAUACUAAUAUAUUUCACAAUGUAUAUUUAUUCUAGGAACAAUAGUUGCAUAUAUAAAUAUUUAUCAGCUUG